GUGCGCGAGGUGCUGGAGAACUACACCAACCUGGAGCGCCAGUGCGCCGCCGCGCGCCAGAGCGUGGCGCCCGACGUGCGCGAGCCCGCGCUGCGCCUGCGCGACCUGUGGCACGACCUGCGCGCGCCGCCCGCGCCCGCGGACCCCGUGCCCCCCGCGGACCCCGCGCCCCCCGCGGACCCUGCGCCCCCCGCGCCCGCCGCGCCCUCGCCCCCGGAGCGGCGCAGCUCGGGCGACAGCGUGCACAGCGAUUGGAGCGGCCGGCUGUCGGGGCGGCGGCGCUCGUCGCAGCAGUCGCCCGCCGCGCUGCUCGCUAACUUCGACACCACCGUGCAGCAGAUCCGCGACUGGGUGUCCGUGGAGGUGGACAUGCUCCGCUCGCAGGCGGUCGCCGUCGGCGAUGUGGACGAGAUCCUGCAGCAGCUCGACAAGCAGAAGGGAGUACUCCGUGAGCUGGAGCAGAAGAAGCCGCAGCUGGACGAGCUGCUGCACACCGCCGAGAGCCUCAAGGGGACCGAGAACCGGCAGCAGCUGCACGGGAAAGUGACAGCACUCCGGGAGCACUGGGACGAGGCCAAUGCCCGCGUGCUGCAGCGCAAGGCGCAGCUGGACGCCAUGCUGGGCGACUCGCAGCGGUACGAGGCGCGGCGCCGCGACGCCGACGCCUGGCUGUCGCGCAUGGAGGCCCGCCUGGCAGCCAUGCAGCCGCCUGCGAACACUGCCGAUGUACUGGAGAUGCAGCUGCGGGAACAGAAGUCAUUCCACGCUGAAGUGCAUCAAUACAAACAUCAGAUUGAACUAUUUGGUCAGCUGACACAGCGCCUCAUUGCGGUGUAUCGCAAUGACGAUACAACUCGCAUCAAACGUUCCACUGAGGCUAUCAACCAUAGAUACAAUGAGCUGAACAACAGCAUUGUCGCUCGAGGCAAAGCGUUGCAUUCAGCUGUAUCAUCGCUGCAGAACUUCGACCGUUCGCUGGAGAAAUUUGUUGCUUGGCUGAGCGAGGCGGAGUCGUUGCUGGACGCUGCGGAGCGAGAUCCCCAUCUGUUAAAGAGACGGGACGGAUGCAGCGUCGCGACGCCAGUCGACCGGCGGACGCCGCGCGCGACGCACGCCGCGCCAUGUGACGCGCUGCCGGGACAGGCCGCCAUGACCGAGGGGGCGGCUCGGCCCAGGCCUCCGCCGCCCCGCAAGCCCGACUCUCUAGCGCUCGCCUGGCCUCGCUGGGAGGACCCGCCACCGCCUGCACCCGACACGCAGCGACCCACGCCGGCACAACUUAAAGACUUCGAUGGCUUUAGUCCGUACACGCCGCCGAAUCCGAUUCAAAACGACCGGCGUCCACGACGACCUCAGAGUGUUGUCUCUCCGAGACCCCCAGUGAACCACUUGGCGCGGAGACCACACUCCAUAGGCUCGGUGGACGAUGAGUGGGGCCCGGUGCCGCUGCUGCAGCCGGUACCGCGCCGUCCGCGGCCCAUGCCUGGCACCAUGUCCACGCUGCCGCGCGCGACCUUACUGCCGUCCUCCCGAAGUGACUAUCAGUUACAGAGACCCGCAAUUAUGACAAAUGGUUACGGCGCCGUGCCGCCGUCCACGUCGCGCCGUUUAUCUUUACCCGGUGGUGUACAGAACCCUCCAAAAACCUCGGCUACCUUCCACGGGCUAUCUGCCUUGAUGGGCCCGUACCCCACCCUGGGCACGCCGUGCACGCCGAGCACGCCAGCAGCAGUGCGCGAGGCGGUGCGACACCUCCUGCAACAGCCUCGCAAUGGAUUUCCCAUUAUGGAUCAGAAGCUGUCAUUAUUCAUCGAAAUCCUGGAUGCUCAGGAACGAUUCUCACAGCGUGAUCUCACGGUAGCUCGCAGCCGCAACUAUCAAGUGUCCGUGCCGGCAGUAGUGGCGGCGUCAACCCUCUGGCGGCGGGCGGCGGUCCGACAGACCACGCGGUCGCGUAUCGGAGCGCAGGCCGCAGCGGCCGCUCGCUAA